AUGGUCAACUCCUGUUGUGGCUCCACCUGCUCUGAGGAGGGCUGCUGCCGCCCCAGCUGCUGCAUCUCCAGCUGCUGCAGGCCCCAGUGCUGCACCUCUAGCUGCUGCCGGCCCACCUGCUGCAUUUCCAGCUGCUGCAGACCCUGCUGCCAGUCUGUGUGCUGCCAGCCCUGCUGCCGCCCCAGCUGCUGCAUCUCCAGCUGCUGCCGCCCCAGCUGUGGAGGCUCCAGCUGCUGCCGGCCCUGCUGCCGGCCCUGCUGCUGCCUGCGUCCAGCGUGUGGCCAGAUCUCCUGCCACACCACUUGCUAUCGCCCCACCUGCGUCAUCUCCACCUGUCCCCGCCCCAUGUGCUGUGCCAUCCCUUGCUGCUCAGCCUGCUGA